AUGGUGCUGCGGAAGAGCCCGCGCAGGCUCGAGCUGGGCCUCUUCUUGCUGCUGCUGUGCUCGCUCAUUUUCCUUCUGCAGCUGAGUUUGAGGUGUACGCACUGCCCUGAGACCCACCCCGAAUCGGAAGAAGCCUUCAGUGUAGCUGCGCUGGGGGAGCCUCUGAGAGCGAUGCUCGACCGGAAGCUGAGCGAGCGCGAGCGGCAGUUCGACUGGACCAACGUGCCGGACUGCGUGCGCCACCACCUGCGCCGCUACGUCGUGAGCCACCUCCUCCACGAGUACUCUCAGCCGCCCGUGCAGCGCCCCAAGCUCUCGCGGGCCGGCUGGCAGGGCUCCGACAUCGGGUACGGCACCCAGCGCCUCUUCCUGGUCUCCUACGAGAAGUUCAAGCCACGCCAGCAGCAGGUGCUGGACCAGCUGCGGCCGUACGGCCUGGAGAGCUCGGGCAUGCUCAUGCUCUGGGAGGAGCCGCACCUUGAUGUGGCCCAGAUCAACAACGACACGGCCACGAUCGCCUGCUUCUGGCCCAAGCGCGAGAAGUAUGUCGUGUCCAAGCGAGAGAUGUCGCUGUCGCUCAAGCACAUGACGCUCUACUACUACGCGCUGCUUUUCGAUCUCCUGCCUGCGUCGGUGAUCGAGGACGACAUCAUCGUCAACCCCUCGCUUACGCACGUGUGGCCGUCGGCAGUCCGAUCGGUGCCCGACGGUUGGGCGCUCAUCCAGGCCGGGUGGUGCCUGUCCGAGAAGGGACUCCCGCCGGAGUACGGCGAGUACCUCACCACCGCCAAGAACAGGGAGCGGCACCCACUCUGCACCUACAGCUACCUCAUCAGUUCCACCGGCGUAAUGAAAGCGUUUCAGAGUAUGUACACUUCUUCGCAUGUGGCCUACAUGUGGUGGGUGUGGGGGCUCACGUGA